CUAUGUAACCCCCUGCGCCUCGACAGUUUCGGCUUCUUUUCCAUUGAAUCUACUGUUAUUGGUUGAUUGAUACUGAUAGCAUGGAGAAGCUUCCCAAAGUUGUUGAACAUGAGGAGGAAAAGGAAGGCGAAGAAGAUGACCUGAGUUUCGAAGAACUUGGGUUGGACCCUCGUCUUGUUCGCGCGCUGAUCAAGAAGGGAAUUCAAAAGCCAACACCUAUUCAACGAGUUGCAAUUCCGUUAAUUUUGGAAGGUAAGGAUGUGGUGGCUCGGGCGAAGACUGGUUCGGGGAAAACUUUCGCAUACCUUCUUCCGUUGCUUCAGAAGCUGUUUGCUGCUUCUAGUACGACGACGAAGUCAGCUCCGAGUGCAAUUGUUCUGGUUCCGACUAGAGAGCUAAGUCAGCAGGUUUAUAAGGAAAUUUCAUCGCUCAUUGAAUCCUGUCGAGUGCAAGUGAAAGUUGCUCAAUUGACAAGCAGCAUGUCGCAUUCUGAUUUGCGGACAGCAUUGGCAGGACCACCUGGUAUACUUGUUGCUACGCCUGCUUGCAUCCCCAAAAGCUUGUCUGCUGGUGUUCUCGAACCAACCUCCAUUAAUGAAUCACUUGAAUUACUCGUUCUUGAUGAGGCUGAUUUGCUACUGUCAUAUGGCUAUGAAGACGACAUAAAAGCUUUUGCAGCUCAUAUUCCCCGAUCCUGUCAAUGCCUUCUUAUGUCAGCUACAUCAAGUGAUGAUGUUGAAAAACUGAAGAAGUUGAUCCUGCAUAAUCCCUUCAUAUUGACUUUGCCAGAAGUGGGAGAUAUCAAAGAUGAUCUAAUUCCAAAAAAUGUUCAACAAUUUUGGAUCUCAUGUGAUGCUCGAGACAAGUUGCUUCAUAUUCUUUCACUCUUAAAGUUGGACUUGGUUCAGAAAAAAGUUCUCAUAUUCACAAAUACCAUUGACAUGGGCUUCAGGUUGAAAUUGUUUCUGGAGAAGUUUGGAAUUAAGUCUGCUGUUCUAAAUGCUGAGUUGCCACAGAAUUCUCGCCUCCAUAUUCUCGAGGAGUUUAAUGCUGGGCUGUUUGAUUAUUUAAUUGCAACUGAUGACGGUCAAACAAAAGAAAAAGAAGCCAGUGAGGAGAAUAAUAUUGAUAAACGAAAGUCCAGAAAACGUUCCAAGCAAAAAAUAGAUUCCGAAUUUGGAGUAGUACGAGGAAUUGACUUCAAAAAUGUUUACACAGUUAUAAAUUUUGAGUUGCCUCCAACUGCAGCAGGAUAUGUACACCGUAUUGGACGUACUGGAAGAGCAUAUAAUACUGGUGCCUCUAUCUCACUGGUUUCUCCAGAUGACAUGGAUAUUUUUGGAGAAAUACAAUCUUUUCUAAGAGCUGAUGGGGAUACAGACAUUAUUGUUCCGUUUCCAUUACUUACUAAGAAUGCAGUAGAGUCUUUACGUUAUAGAGCCGAGGAUGUUUCAAAGAGUGUGACAAAAAUUGCUGUUAGAGAAUCUCGGGCUCUGGAUUUGAGGAAUGAGAUUCUCAACUCUGAAAAAUUGAAAGCCCAUUUCGAAGCUAAUCCAAGGGACUUGGAUUUGUUGAAACACGAUAAGAUUCUCAGCAAGAAUCCCCCUGCUCCACACCUGCGUGAUGUACCCGACUAUCUUGUUGACCCAGUAACUCAAGAAGCCAGCAAAGUUAUCAAACUUGCCAGAGCAGCAAUGGGAAAUACGCAGUCUGGUCGUCGGCAUGGGUUCAAGAGAAAAUUUAGGAAAGAUAAAGACCCACUGAAAUCAUUUUCUGCUGAGGCUCCAAAGAAAUCUCGCAGAGGUGGAGGGAAAAGAGAAGGAAAAAAUGAUGAUAAAAACAACAGUCACAAAAAGAAAAAAUCUACCUGAUUUAAUGUUCUUUGGCUUGUCGCUUCAGAAUGGCCAAUAGCCGGGGCAUCACACAAUUUUGUAUUUCCAAUUUAGUAUUGAAAAGUAGUCGUAAAUUAUAGUUUAGUGGCCAUUUACCCAAUUAUAAUAGUAGCGAUAUUUCAUUAAGUAAUUCUAUCAUAGUGAUUUUGAUUGGAAAAAAAUGAAGUAAAAUUGGCGUUCAUCA